AUGGCAUUCAAACGCGAUUACUGUAGCCUUAGCGAAGAGUUCGGAGAUUUUGAAAUUGAGGUUGCUGAAAUCUUGUUAGAUUUCCCUCGUUUAAUUCCUCUAUCUAAUUAUGGUUCUGGCCUUCCAUUCACAUGGGGUGGUAAAAGGAGGAGAUCUGCGGAGGCCAAUUUGGGUCCAAGACGCGCCGUUCAUUCACUGCCAACAUCAUUAUCACCAUCCCCAUCACCGAUAUUAUAUGGUCCUGUGGGUCCUGCUAUUACUACUUCUCCUGCUACUGCUGCUGCUUCGGAACCAGAGCGACCCAUCACCGUGAAAGCUGAACCGGCGACUAGCCCUGCAACACCGCUUUCUUUCCCUCCUAGUGAGUCUGAUGAGAGGCCUAAGCGCUUGAAGAGGAGAGUCUCUACUAAGAAGAGGAAAGAGAAUUUGCUGAAGAUUAUAAGCCAAAUUACCGAGAGCAAUGAAUUGUUAAGAGGGGAGAUUCAAAAAGUGACUCAAUAUUAUGAACAGUUGAAAGCUACAAAUUCGUUGUGGAAAGCAAGAAAACAAGAGCUAAGCAUGGGUGUUAUUAAAAGAGAAGAUCAGUUGAAUCUUCGACAGAUGGAUUUAGGCCAAGCAACUGUCCAAUGCCCUCCGGCUGUUGUUGACCAAGCUCAUGUUCCUCUACUCAUGCCUGGCAUCACAGUUUAUCAGCAGCAGCAGCAACCCUUUAUCAUGGAUAGGAAUGCCAAAAGUCAAGAAAUGGCCAGUAAUUAUGCAACCCCAUAUGGCCAGAGAGUGUCCUUGUUCCAAUCUGCGACUACUAGUACCAGUGAUAAUAUGGCCCCCCCUCGCAUCCCUGAUCUCACUCUGACUAUUGGGGCGCCUGUUUGGAUGGACUCUAAACAACUGAUUGUUGAUGACAAGACUGCUGUUGUUAAAAGGGCCGUGGCUGAUAAUAAGGCAAUCACUGUCAAGAGCCUUAAUAAUGGCAUAGUUGAUAAUAAGGUAAUCACGGUCAAGAGUGUUAACAAGGCCAUUGCUGCUCAAGCAAGACGAAGAAGGAUGCUCAUUUGCAAGAACAAGGGCUCUAAUUCCUCUAGUAAAUUACGAUUCUCAUUGAGAUGA